CACAAGAGACCAAAAACAAACAAAGUGUGUGCGUGUGUGUGUGUGUGUGUGUGCACAAACUCAGUUUAAUUAACUUCAUUGGUUAGUGUUGUUUCAGUUAGGCAAAACGGGUCUCCCUUUGUGGCUGCUUGGUUUGGGUGCAGACCUCUUGUGGGUCGACAUGAAUCGCCUGCUUGCAUUUCUCUUCCACCAGGGAGUAUUGGAUGCGCAAUUCUUGCAGCUUCAACAGCUGCAAGAUGAGACUUCCCCCAACUUCCUCUCUGAAGUUGUCAACAUUUACUUCCAUGAAUCAGAAAAGCUUCUCAGGAAUCUCAGAGGAUUGCUAAUGGAGAGGGAGUUCUCAGAUUACAAGAAAAUUGGAAAACAUUUGAAUCAGUUCAUGGGUAGCAGCUCAAGCAUUGGUGCCAAGAGAGUCACCAGCGUCUGCAUUGCCUUUCGUGCAGCUACUGACCACAACAACCGUGCAGGAUGUUUACGAGCAUUGGAGAUGCUGGAGCAGGAGUAUUGCUAUCUUAAGAACAAAUUGCAUGAACUAUUCCAAAUAGAGCAGCAACGUGCUUUGGCAGCAGGAGUGAGAUACCCUCUGCAGCAGAAUCAAUGAUUCAAAAUGAGUUUUUUUUUCUUUUUUUCUUUUUUUUUCCCGCUCUUUUAAUUUUUUCUUCUUUGUGGCUUUGCAAGCUAAGUGGACUGGGCGAGCCCCUAGAGGGGCAACGCCCAGCAUGUAUCCCGCCCUGAGGCGGGGCCCUGACCUUCAGAUGGGCCUUGAUCUCGGAGGCCCAAUUGGCCCAAUAGGUAGUACCCAAGCUCUAUAAAUAGGAGGUAGUUAUCAAUUGUAGGGGACUUUUUGGCUCAUUUGAUAAAAUAACACAUGAAAUUCAGCAUUCUCUCUCUUACUCUCUCUCCCUAGCACAAUCUCUCUACCCUUUGGUACUAUACCUUCCCUCAAUGUUCAUUCCCAGAACAUUUGGCGCCGUCUGUGGGGACUCGAAAACUUUCUACUCCCAUUCACGUGGAUUGAUUGUGCAUGAAGUUACCUCUGAUUGUGAUUAGGCAAUUCUCUGGUUUUCUGAUUUUGAUUCUCCGAUCGAGUUUGCAUCGUUUCUGGUUUGGAUGGAGACUCGACGCAGGAGGCAGCAUCAUUCACCAAUGCGACAGCGGAUUUCGCCGCCUCGGCGGCCUCAUCGUGUGGACCUGGAUUCUCCGGUACGAACGACUGGAGUACAGUCGCCUUCUCCUCUUCCAUCACCACCACCUCCUCCAUCGCCUUCACAGGUGGGAUCUCUGGAGCGCUCACCAGAGAAUUCACCUGCUCCGGAGCAACAGCCGGCGGUGACACAGGAGCAAUGGCGCCAUUUGAUGCGCAGUAUUGGCAACAUCCAGCAGCGGAAUGAGCAUCUA